AUGAGUCUCAUAUAUAAAAAUCAUCUAGUGUUUCCAACAUUCAAACAUUAAGAAACUAUUACUACUCAUCACUCUUCUUCAUUGUAACCGACCAAAAGAUUUUAAUCAGUUACACCUAAAAGGCAUGGAAUUUCAAGUAAGAUUCGUCCUCUCAAUAUUACUGCUUUGCCUGGAAAUGAAACCACUAUUAAUGGGGAUAGCACAAUAACACCAAGAUAAAAGCAUUUACCUAUCCUUACGCCUCGAAUAUAAAGAAGUGAUGAAUAAAACUUGCAUGAUUACUUAGAUCAUCUUAAUUCAAUCAGAAAAUAAAAACAGCCAACCAAACAAGCUGUUAUGAAAAAAAUUAGAACUGAAACUGAAAUAAUGAAACUUGAGAGUCAAACUUUAAUCUAAAGAUUUAAGAAAGUCAAAGAAUAGCAAGAAUAAAAAAAAAAAUAUUCGCUUUUGUAAACCAUAAAGAAUCCUUAUGCUUAGCAAUACAUUAAUUUUAGCAAAUAAAUAUUUAAUUUAAUACAUAAUUUACAUUAAUUAAAAGUAUCGAGAUUAAAAUUAUUAUAUUUUAGGAAUAUUUAAACAAUUCGAGAAAGAUGUUUUAAGUAGUAAAGAAUUUAAUCGGCAUGAAAAAGAAUUUAAAAAAGAUCUUAUUAAAACAAUCAGCCGAUGAGUUGAUUGAUUUUUAAGACAUAGCCAAAAUGUGUUGUAUUCGUGAGAUACAAUAUAUCAAUGGGGAACAAAGAAUGAUAGAUAAAUUUGAUUUGUCCUUGAUGGAUGAUCUUACAUACAUGAGCGAGGCAAUCGAAAAUUUAUUAUUAUAAAACAAACUAAAUGCAAUCAAAAGAAUGAGUGACAAUGUACAUAUCUCAUAAUAAUAAAUCUUAGAUUUUAAUUGAAGAAUACGAAAUAUCAAAACUAAGAGAAUAACUAGGAAUGAGAGAAGAAGAUCAAAAGCUAUCAAUCUCUACUUUGGCAAUGCAAAGAUUUAAACCUCACCUAGAAUUGGAUAAUAUAGAAUAAAGAUUAGGAUAAUUAUCUUAAAUACCAAAACAAUACAGAUAAACCUCAUAAGUUUUAUGUGAAAUAGUUGAUAAAUUAAACGAAUGA